CAGCCUCGCCACAGAGGCGCGCGCCAAUGCCGCCGCGCUCCCGCGCCGUCGCAUCGAGGCUUGCGCUUCUCGUAUCGCUCGCCUGCGCGCUGCUGCUGGUCGCGCCGUGCCAUUGCGUCAACGAGCAGGGCCAGGCGCUGCUCCAAUGGAAGGAGUCGCUGCGGCCGGCGGCCGGCGCGCUGGCGUCGUGGCGUGCCGCGGACGCGAGCCCGUGCCGGUGGUUCGGCGUGUCAUGCGACGCGCGCGGCGACGUCGUCGGGCUGAGCAUCACGUCGGUGGACCUGCAGGGCCCGCUUCCCGCGAACCUGCAGACGCUGGCGUCCUCGCUGAAGACGCUGGUGCUGUCCGGCACGAACCUCACCGGCUCUAUCCCGAGGCAGCUCGGCGAGUACGGCGAGCUGACCACAGUUGACCUCAGCAAGAACCAGCUCACCGGCGCGAUCCCCGCCGAGCUUUGCCGGCUCGCGAAGCUCCAGUCGCUCGCGCUCAACUCGAACUCCCUGCGCGGCGCCAUCCCCGACGACAUCGGCAACCUCACGAGCCUGACGUACCUCACGUUCUACGACAACGAGCUAAGCGGGCAAAUCCCGGCGAGCAUUGGCAACCUGAAGAAGCUGCAGGUGCUCCGCGCCGGCGGGAACCAGGGGAUGAAGGGUCCGUUGCCGCCGGAGAUCGGCGGCUGCAGCGACCUCACCAUGCUCGGCCUAGCGGAGACCGGCGUCUCCGGGAGCCUCCCGGAGACGAUCGGGCAACUCAAGAAGAUCCAGACCAUUGCCAUCUACACCACUUUUCUCUCCGGCAGGAUCCCGGAGUCCAUCGGCAACUGCACCGAGCUCACCAGCCUGUACCUGUACCAGAAUUCUCUCUCCGGACCGAUACCGGCGCAGCUCGGCCAGCUCCGGAAGCUGCAAACGUUGCUUCUGUGGCAGAACCAGCUCGUCGGCGCGAUUCCGCCGGAGCUCGGGCAGUGCCAGGAGCUUACGCUCAUUGAUCUGUCACUGAAUUCCCUUAUCGGGAGCAUACCGGCGAGUUUGGGCGAGCUGCCGAAUCUCCAGCAGCUGCAGCUGAGCACGAAUCAGCUGACCGGCGCCAUCCCGCCGGAGCUCUCCAACUGCACGUCGCUGACGGACAUCGAGGUCGACAACAAUGCGCUGUCCGGGGAUAUCCGCAUUGAUUUCCCGAGGCUGCGCAACCUCACCUUGUUCUACGCGUGGAAGAACCGGCUCACCGGCGGCGUGCCGGCGAGCCUCGCCGAGUGCCUGAGCCUGCAGGCGGUGGACCUGUCAUACAACGACCUCACAGGCUCGAUCCCCAAAGAGCUCUUCGGGCUCCAGAACUUGACAAAGCUGCUGCUGCUGAACAACGAGUUAUCCGGGUUUAUACCGCCGGACAUCGGCAAUUGUACCAGUCUCUACCGGCUCCGGCUCAACGGCAACCGGCUGUCAGGCACCAUACCCGCCGAAAUAGGCAGCCUCAGUAACCUCAACUUUCUCGAUAUGAGCGAGAACCACCUUGUCGGGCCGGUGCCCGCGGUCAUUUCAGGGUGUGUCAGCCUCCAGUUCCUCGACCUGCACUCAAAUGCUCUGUCCGGAGCAUUGCUGGACACGUUGCCGCGCAGUCUCCAGCUCAUUGAUAUCUCAGACAACCAGCUCGCCGGGCCGUUGAGCCACAGCAUUGGGUCAAUGCUGGAGCUGACGAAGCUGUACUUGGGAAAGAACCGGCUGACCGGCGGCAUACCGCCGGAGCUCGGUUCUUGCGAGAAGCUCCAGCUGCUGGACCUCAGUGGCAAUGCGUUCUCCGGAGGCAUCCCUCCGGAGCUCGGAAUGCUUCCAUCGCUGGAGAUUUCACUAAACCUCAGUUACAACCGGCUCUCCGGGGACAUACCGUCGCAGUUCACCAGCCUUGACAAGCUCGGCAGCCUCGACCUGUCGCACAACGAGCUGUCUGGGAGUCUUGAACCACUCGCGGCGUUGCAGAACCUCGUCACGCUCAACAUCUCCUACAAUGCCUUCUCCGGCGAGCUCCCGAACACUCCAUUCUUCCAGAAGUUGCCCCUCAGCGACCUCGCCGGCAACCGCCACCUCAUCGUCGGCGAUGGCCCCGACGAGUCCUCCCGGCGCGGGGCCAUAUUGGCACUGAAGAUAGCCAUGUCCGUCCUUGCGGCUGUCAGCGCCCUGCUCCUGGUGUCCGCCACCUACAUGCUCGCCCGCACGCACCGCCGCGGCGGCGGCAACAUCAUCCACGGCGAAGGCACGUGGGAGGUCACGCUGUACCAGAAGCUCGACAUCACCAUGGACGACGUGCUCCUCAGACUGACGUCCGCGAACGUGAUCGGCACCGGCAGCUCGGGGGUCGUGUACAAGGUGGACACCUCCAACGGCUACACCCUUGCCGUCAAGAAGAUGUGGUCGUCGGACGAGGCGACGUCCGCCGCGUUCCGCAGCGAGAUCGCCGCCCUGGGCUCCAUCCGCCAUCGCAACAUCGUGCGGCUCCUCGGGUGGGCCAUGAACGGCGGCACCCUGCUGCUGUUCUACAACUACCUCCCCAACGGCAGCCUCAGCAGCCUCCUCCACGGCGGCCUCGCCAAGGGCGCGCCCGCGGACGAGUGGGGCGCGCGCUUCGAAGUUGCGCUUGGCAUCGCCCACGCCGUCGCAUACCUGCACCACGACUGCGUGCCGGCCAUCCUGCACGGCGACGUGAAGUCCAUGAACGUGCUGCUCGGCCCCGCGUACGAGCCGUACCUGGCCGACUUCGGCCUCGCCCGCGUCCUGUCCGCGGCGUCCUCCAAGUUCGACGCCACCAAGCAGCCCCGUAUCGCCGGCUCGUACGGGUACAUCGCACCAGAGUACGCGUCGAUGCAGCGGAUCAGCGAGAAGAGCGACGUGUACAGCUUUGGCGUGGUGGUGCUCGAGAUUCUAACGGGCCGGCACCCGCUUGACCCGACGCUGCCCGGCGGCGCGCACCUGGUGCAGUGGGUGCGCGAGCACGUGCAGGAGAAGCGCGACGCGUCCGAGCUCCUGGACGCGCGGCUCAGGGGCAGCGCCUCGGAGGCGGACGCGCACGAGAUGCGGCAGGUGCUGUCCGUGGCCGCGCUCUGCGUGUCGCACCGCGCAGACGACCGGCCCGCGAUGAAGGACGUCGCGGCGCUGCUCAGGGAGAUCAGGCGCCCCGCGCCCGGGGACGACGCGAAGCAGCAGCCGUCCGUGGUGUCUGCUGCAGCCGCCGCGCCCACGCCUGCGCCGGCCCUGGCGGCGUCACCUGUGCGGAGCUCGCACUCGACGAGCUGCUCGUUCGCCGUGUCAGACUACUCUGCCUGACGGAUUGCAGAAUUUUGUAAUUGUAGUUAGCUAAGUAAAUUAGCGUUUAGCAAGCCAUAAAUCAUUGUUGAUUGUGCUACUGGCAAUGCUGUACUUAGGCAUAUUUGACCCCUGUACAUUAACCUGAGCUUGUCAUCACCUUGUCGCCCCAGCCUAUUCAAAUUCCAAGCAUCUGUUCACAUAAUCGGAGCAGAGUACCAAUACAGAUUAUCUCAUUCAAACAGUGUCACGAACGAACAAGCAAUGACUCUAGCACAAGCAUCAUUUUUGAUCCUUCGAUGCUGAGGCUGGGAUUAUUUCCCAUUGGAUGAGAGGGCACACACAGGAGCAGCAGCAGGGCAGUG